GUGAGAGAGCGAGCUGCUGCACAGACAGACUCAGGAGGACAUCAUGGAGGCGGGUGCUCCUCUGCUGCUGCUGCUUCUCGUGGCCCUGGUGGGGUUCGAUUCGACCCUCGGCUUCUAUGGAGACAGCCUCAGUGUGAUGCCUCCACGGAGGGAAAAGGACGGGAGCUUUAAGGUGACAUUCUACCACCGACAGAACGGCCGAAGCAGCUGUAACAGCAACUCCUCUCUGGGGUGUGAGGGCGGAGUGUGCACAGGCUUGGAUCAGUCGAGUGUCCUGCAGACGGACAGCGACGGCACAGGCCAGGGACGCUGGUGUCAGUCUGAAGGACACACAACGGCCACUUUCUCCACCAAUAAAACCUCCUUUUCUCUGAGGGACUCCGGCUGCUGCUGGGCCUCAAACGUGGAGGGAAAAACCAACUGGACGACCCACGCAGAGCUGGACCUGGGAACUCGAUCCGACACUCACGCCCUCAACAGCUGCCCUGUAACAACCACAGUGUCUUCUCUAAGGGUGCCUCAGAACUGCUUCACACGGGUUCGUCUUCUGGCUCACGACUCAGACGGGGAUAAAGUGAGAUGUCGCUUCGCUGCGGACGCUGCAGCGCCUGCAAACUUCACUCUGGACAAGACUGCAUGCACGCUGAUACGGACAGGAGAAGUCCAAACUGGAGUCCACGUCUUCGAGCUGAUGCUGGAGGACUUCUCCACCCAGAACAUCACGGUGACCUACGCCGAUGGGACGACGGUUUUCAGGACGUCCUCCGACACGAGUCCACUCUGCAGAGUGAAGCUUCAGUUCUCACUGGAGAUUCUGUCUCCGAUCCCAAACUGUGAAGCUGGACACGUCCUGCCCGUGUUCCUGUCCAGGACUCCUUCACACGGAGACGUUCUUCACGCCACCGUGGGACAGACGUUCCACCUCUUCGCUCAAGCACAAGCUCACCACGCCAGCAUCCAUGACUUCCAGGUCAGCGGCCCUCGCAACAUGAACAAAACCUUCAGGGACGACGAAUUAGGGAAAGCAGAGGUCACUCUGAGCUGGACGCCACAGCACAGCGACCUGUACAGAUUCAUCCCCGUCUGCUUCACUGCAGAGACCAAUGAAGCCCAAUCAGAGAUGAGGUGUGUUGUUGUCAUGGUGACCCAGGCAUCCAUCGUCCAAGGCAAGGCCACGGUCCACUGCUCACCCAACAAGAUGACGGUGGCCCUGGACAAAGCCUCCAUGCCGGACAUCGACGUGAACUUCCUGAAACUGAGGGAUCCCUCGUGCUCUCUUACCUCCAACGGCACCCACAUCACGGGAACCAUGUCCUUUACCACCUGUGGCACAAAAGUUGAGGAUAAAGGUGACUUUAUUGUUUUCAAGAAUGAGAUCAACUCCUUCGAGCUUCCCACCGAGGUUAUAGUCAGAAGGAAGACGGUUAAGAUUGAUUUCUCCUGCCAGUUUCCCAAAACCAUCAGCAUCUCCAGUUACUACAGUGUCCACAAGUCUGACUACAUUUUCACAGAGUCAAGCUUCGGCAGCUUCGGCUACUCCUUUGAAAUUUUCCGCAAUAGCAACUUCUCCGAGAAGGUGGAGCCCAGUGCCUACCCAGUGGAGGUCAAGCUGCUGCAGAAGAUUUACAUGGGCAUCCAGGCUAACUCAGAACUGCCAAAUGUGACUCUGUUUGUCGAAUCAUGCAAAGCCACUCCAGACGACAACCCUGAAAACAGCCUCUCCUACGACCUCAUCAAGAAUGGGUGCCUGGAAGAUGAAACACUCACCGUUCACUCAUCUGCCCAAACUGAAUUCAACUUUGAGGUUCAAGCCUUCAAGUUUACCGGAAACUACGACCAGGUCUACAUCACCUGCUCCGUCAUCCUUUGCGAGCCUGGCAGUCCAUUUUCCAGAUGUGCGCAGGGCUGUUUGAAGGACUCAUACCGCAGACGAAGGCGAGAUCUGGCCAAGGAGACCGGUGGGCACUACAUUACCCAGGGUCCCCUGCAGUUUGUUGGGCCGUCUGUUACCGAUGAAGCUGAGUCUGAGGAGCAAGUGUUGCUGAGGAACAAAGUCGAAUCUGCUGAUGAUAUCCUCUCCAGCUCUCAUCCUCUGACCAGUCUGACUCCACAACCCAAAUCCACAAAUAAAGAGGACUGGGGAGUUGUAGACUUCCUCUGCUCCAACAUCACCACCGUGGUCUUUGCCAGCGCCUUCUUAGUGUUGUUGGUGAUGCUGGGUUUGAUCGUUCGUCACUACAGCAGAAAGAGGAAAGCCGACGACUGCAAAGUUCUCAUAGAUUCACAAUGGGAACCCAACUAAUCAUGAUUUUAAACCUGAUCUUUUUUUGUGUGUUUUGUUUUCUGAAAGUUCCCUCCUCUGAAAGUCUUCCUUCAAACAAUAGUCAUACAUGCAGUGUACACACUAAUUCAUCCUUCCUCCUUUCUGCUCAAACUUAACGGCAAGUGAUUCCUUUUAGUUGACAUCUAUUUGCAAAAAAUAAAUUCCAACAGCAGCUCGGUGGUUAGCACUAAUGCCUCCCAGUGAGAAGGUCCGGGUUUAAGUCCAGGGUGGAGUUUGCAUGAUCUCUCUGUGUCUGCGUGGGUUCUCUCCAGGUUUCUCCGGUUUCCUCCCACCUCCAAAGACAUGCUCGUUAGGCUGAUUGGUGACCAUACAAUGAGUGUGAGUGUGAAUGGUUGUUCGUCUAUGUACCCUAGUGAGGGAUGAGAGGUAGUAGAAGAUGAGAUCUAAAUUUUAUAUGAGGCUUUAAAAGUUUAAUUGAGUAGCUCCAAAGUCAGCACCCUUUACACACUGAUAUAAGCAACGAUAGUAACACAAAGAGGAAAAUUUCUGCAAAAAAAAAAAAAAAAGAAUGUCUUUGAAAAAAAUUGACUCUAAGGAAUCUUUUAUCUGUGUGAACAGGAGGGACAGAAACAGAAAGUUUAACAACUAUUAUCAUUAUUAUGCAUUUUAUUCAUAGGGAUAUUGAUCAGACAUUAAUAGCAGUGCUUAACAGGUGAUUUGGAGAGUUAUUUUUUUAAUAUGGCAGAGCCAGAAUGAUUUUUUUUUUUUUUUUUUUCAUGUUUUAGUAGUUGGGGCAGAAAUAGAGAAAGCUCUACUACCCCUGUGGUCCUGUGUGUGGUGCUGCAUGGAGGGUGGGAUCAAAGGUCGGUGGAGAGUGUUGGAGAACGUCUGCAAAGAAGGUGUGAGCUGGUUGUAAGAAUGAACUGGACGUGGACCAGUUUAAAAUUUAAUUUCCUGACUUUUUGUUCUCAGAAAGACUCAAAACUGCAAAAUGAACCUUUAGAGAUCUUCUAUUUGGUGGCUGAUUGUAACGUUUAUGACAGGGCCAUGAAAGAGUGUCAUUAAUCGCUGUGGCGUUUCCAGAUUAGUUUUAACAAACAUUGCGUGUCAUCAUACUUCACCCAACUGGUUUACAAAAGAGGCGCUCCAAAACAAAAUUCCAUUUGGACUGGUUUGGCUAGAUUCUUGUUCUUACUGCCGCCUUUAUAUUGUCAAUCUUUUUUUGAAAUGUGGUCAAGUCAAUUAGUUGGGUUUCUUCAAAACAUUUUAGAUGAACAUCUGUGGGUGUGGUCAACAUGAUUAGGUUUGUUAAUGACCACAUACUCACUUGUAAUUACAGGAAAAAACCUUUAGAUCCCGUUUUCCUUCUCAUGGUUUGAAUGAGAGAUGAAUCUUUUUGGGGAUAGAUGUUGAGACCAUUUUCUAAAAUGAUGGCAGAAAAUACGUCAGUCCACCUUCCCCGUUCAUAGAGAGUUUAACCUUUUAAGCCCUUGGACUUUGAAAGGUGAAGCUCAUCUGAAAAGACAAAAUGAAUCAGAAAUAGAUCCAGAACUAUCAGGUCCAUGUUCACGUGGCCUCUAUGAACAGGCAAGACUUCAGAGAAUGGAAUCCAGUGUCAGUAAUAUUGCAGCUUUGACUGUAUCUGAUUCAUUUGUGAUAAACUAAAGUGGAAAUUUAAAAUAUCUUCUAGAUUAGACGUUAGAAAAUACAGCGAUAGCAAUGAUAUCAUCAGAGAACUCACUCAUCAACGAGAACAAGACCACAAGUUUGUAGAAAUACCACAAAGCUCACAUAUUCUACAAAAGUUUUAAUGCACAUAUUCUAAAAAUUCCACAUUUGUGCACUUUAUAGAAUAUUUAAAACUACUACUGUAGUUGUGCACGCAUUUAACUUCAAGUGUUCUUCCGACAUCCAAUGCUUGUUAAUGCUCUGGUUUUGAUUUUGUGGAAAAGAUUUAUACUCAUAUGAAGGAACAGACUAAUAGAUGGAUGCAUUUAAUCUAGAUUAUUAUUUCUCAUUUAAUCCCUGUAUCUACAAGUAUUACUGGUACAUAUGAAGCAGAGACCUGGAAGCUUCAGAGCUCAUGUUUUGAACGAAACUGGAAUCAAAAUAUUUUAUAAUGGUGCAACCAAUCAGUAGAUCAUUAUCUGUAAUGGUGAACUAUUAAAUACAUUUAUAUGGGACUUACAAUAAUAAUAAUAAAUAAAAGGGACGGUGAGCAUUAUAUUUAAAUUAUGCAUAAUCACAAUAAACACAAUAUUGUGUG